AUUUGACAACACGACAACAUCUGUUGCCGCCAGCCAAAUGCGCAACGCUUUGAACAAGCUGGCUGACACUGUGCCAUCAGGCGAGGAGAGGGCCAAGUUUGAGAACGAGAUGGACUCGUUCUUUGCUCUUUUCAGACGCUACUUGAGCGACAAGGCCAGCGGCACUGCGCUCGACUGGGAGAAGAUCAGCUCUCCCACGGCGGAAGAGGUUGUUGAUUACAAGACGAUUGCGGAGCCAACGGAUAACGCGCGCAACUUGGACAAGUUGGCUGUGCUGAAGUUGAACGGUGGGUUGGGUACGUCGAUGGGGUGUGUUGGUCCGAAGUCUGUGAUUGAGGUUCGUGACGGGAACACGUUUUUGGAUUUGGCGGUGCGCCAGAUUGAGUACUUGAACAGACAGUACGACAGUGACGUGCCGUUGUUGUUGAUGAACUCGUUCAACACGGACGAGGACACGCACAACGUCAUCAGAAAGUACGGUGGGCACAGAAUCAGAAUCAAGACGUUCAACCAGUCCAAGUAUCCAAGGGUGUUGAAGGACUCGCUCUUGCCGGUGCCAUCGUCGUACGAUGACCCAAUUAACUGCUGGUACCCUCCAGGUCACGGUGACUUGUUUGAGUCACUCCACGCCUCUGGUGAGUUGGAUGCGUUGCUGGAACAAGGCAAGGAGAUCCUCUUUGUCUCUAACGGUGACAACUUGGGUGCCACCGUUGACGGUAAGAUUUUGAACCACAUGCUUGAAACUGGCGCCGAGUACAUCAUGGAAUUGACCGACAAGACCAGAGCAGACGUUAAAGGUGGUACUUUGAUCAACUACGGUGGUCAAGUUAGAUUGUUGGAAAUCGCCCAGGUUCCAAAGGAGCACGUUGAGGAGUUCAAAUCCAUCAAGAAGUUCAAAAACUUCAACACUAAUAACUUGUGGAUCAACUUGAAGGCCAUCAAGAGAUUGAUCGAGUCCAAUGCGAUCCAAUCCGAGAUCAUUCCAAACGGCAAGACCAUAACCAACAAGCAAGGCCAAGAGGUUAACGUUUUGCAAUUGGAAACAGCUGUUGGUGCCGCCAUCAGACACUUUGACGGCGCCCAUGGUGUCGUGGUUCCAAGAUCAAGAUUUUUGCCAGUUAAGACAUGCUCUGAUUUGUUGUUGGUGAAGUCUGACUUGUUCUACUUGGAGCACGGUGCCUUGAGAUUGGAUCCUUCAAGAUUCGGUGCCAACCCAUUGAUCAAGUUGGGUUCCCACUUCAAAAAGGUGUCAGACUUCAACUCCAGAGUGGGUCACAUCCCUAAGAUCUUGGAAUUGGACCAUUUGACCAUCACUGGUAACGUCACCUUGGGUAAAGGCGUGGUGUUGAAGGGUACCGUGAUCAUUGUUUGUCAAGACGGCCAAAGAAUCGACAUUCCAAACGGCUCCGUCUUGGAGAACGUUGUCAUCACUGGUAACUUGACCAUCCUGGAGCACUGAUCUCCGCACUCUUUCCAAUUCGUCUGAGUAAAUCAAAAAGAAGUUCUUUAGUGGAGCCAUAUAUAUAAGUUGUGUUACUUAUUUCGCUAAAGAAGGAGAAAAAAGAGCAAAAAAAAAAGAUACCAUCAGCACGAACAUGUUGAUGAUGAUUUUAAAAGCUUUCUUUUAGCAUUGUCAAGAUCUGUUGUAUAUACCAAAGGGC